CGGGCUGGCGUCGUUUGACGGCUGGGACGCAACCUAGAAGAAGGAGGAAGCGGUGGCGGUAGCUGCCGGGGCGCCUGUGGCGGGCGUCGAGGUGGGCGCGGCGACGCGGGCCAGUGAGUGAGCGGCGGCGGCCGGGCGGGUGGGCUGGGCGGCGGGCCCGAUGUGGCUGCAGCAGCGCCUGAAGGGGCUGCCAGGGCUGCUGUCGAGCAGCUGGGCCCGCCGCCUCCUCUGCCUGCUCGGCCUCCUGCUGCUGCUCCUGUGGUUCGGGAGCUCCGGAGCACGGAGGGCGGCGGGCGGCCUUCGCUUGCCGUCCUGGUCCCGCAGCGAGCCGGGCGCCGCGGAGCCGUCCGCCUGUCUGGAGGCGGCCACCCGCGCGUGGCGCGGCCUGCGUGAUCGCGGCGAGGCGGUGCCGCUGGGCCCCGGGGUGCCAGCCCUGGUUGCCAACGGUUUUCUGGCCCUGGACGUCGCCUCCAAUCGGCUGUGGGUGACGCCCGGGGAGCGGGAGCCUGCGGUGGCCCCGGACUUCGUGCCCUUCGUGCAGCUGCGCCCUCUGAAUGUGCUGGCUGAGGCUGGAGAGGCGGUGCUGCUGCUACGGGAGGGUCUGCUGCGCCGAGUGCGCUGCCUGCAGCUGGGGACCCCAGGCUCAGGCCCUGCCGCUGGGGUCGGCGGACCCGCCUCGGCCUCCGGGCUCUCCGCGGGGUCAGGCCGUGACUGCGUGCUACUGCAGGAGGACUUCCUGGCACACCGAGGCCGACCCCAUGUCUAUCUGCAGCGCAUCCAGCUCAGCAAUCCCACGGAGCGUGUGGCCGCGUUGCAGACUGUGGGGCCUACCGCGGGCCCCCCUGCCAAGUCCUUCACCAGCACUCUGGAGAAGGUCGGGGAUCAUCAAUUUCUUCUCUCCUCGGGCCACUCCUCAGUCAGUCCAUCGGGGCCAGUGCACCUGGUCGUCGUGGCCUCUAAGAAGUUAGUGAACCGGCUCCAGGUGGCUCCCAAGACCCAGCUGGAUGAGACGGUGCUGUGGGUGGUGCAUGUCUCUGGUCCCAUCCACCCUCAGGUACUCAAAAGCAAAGGAACCAAGGAGCUCAAGGCGCUGCAGGACUUGGCAAGGAAGGAAAUGCUGGAGCUGUUGGAGAUGCCAGCCUCGGAGCUGCUUCAGGAUCACCAGCACCUCUGGGCCCAGCUAUUCAGCCCAGGUGUGGAGAUGAAGAAGAUCACAGAUGCCCACACGCCGUCUGGCCUGACUGUGAACCUGACACUGUACUACAUGCUCUCCUGCUCACCAGCCCCACUGCUCAGCCCUUCUCUGAGCCACAGGGAACGAGACCAAAUGGAGGCAACACUCAACUAUGAAGACCACUGUUUCAGUGGCCAUGCCACCAUGCAUGCUGAGAACCUGUGGCCAGGCCAGCUCUCCUCAGUGCAGCAGAUCCUGCAGCUGGCUGACCUGUGGAAGCUGACCCUCCAGAAGCGAGGCUGCAAGGGGCUGGUGAAGGUUGGCGCUCCGGGCAUCCUACAAGGCAUGGUGCUCAGCUUCGGCGGGCUACAGUUCACAGAAAACCACCUGCAGUUCCAGGCCGACCCUGAGGUGCUCCACAACAGCUACGCGCUGCGUGGAAUACGCUACAAGAACGACCACAUCAACCUGGCCGUGCUGGUGGACGCUGAGGGCAAGCCCUACCUGCACGUGUCUGUGGAGUCCCGAGGCCAACCUGUCAAGAUCUACGCCUGUGAGGCAGGCUGCCUCCAUGACCCUGUGGAACUGACCUCGGAGCCUGGAGGCCACACCUUCUCCGUCAUGGUGACACAGCCCAUCACACCCCUGCUGUACAUCUCCACCGACCUCACACACCUGCAGGACCUGCGACACACGCUGCACCUUAAGGCCAUCCUGGCCCACGAUGAGCACAUGGCCCAGCAAGAUCCUGGCCUGCCCUUCCUCUUCUGGUUCAGUGUGGCCUCCCUCAUCACCCUCUUCCACCUCUUCCUCUUCAAACUCAUCUACAAUGAGUACUGUGGGCCUGGAGCCAAGCCCCUCUUCAGGAGCAAGGAAGAUCCCAGUGUCUGAGUGAACCUCGAGCCCUGCUCUCGGCCACCGUUUGCACAAGACACCCAGCACUGAGCAUCCUGCUGCUGCAUGAACAGGGAGCCUUUGGAAGCACCAACCCUUUGUGCCUUGUGGGGGACAGUGACUCAGAAGCGCUUGUGGGUACAGAGUUUGCACUGGAGGGGAAAGAGGGCCGAGGACAUGUGUAAGUUUUCCAGUCAAUAAAACAAACCCGUAGGGAGAAUACUUGAAGUUGAGCGCACUCCUUCCACUUCCCCGUCUUUUAUCCCAGGAAAUAGCUCCUCUGUAAGGACUGCUGAGGAAAACCCUGUUCUUUUCCUAAUUUAAUGUGUUCUUUCUUGAAUGGAUUUCUAAUUUAUUUUUGUUGAAAUUUUGCUUGGGUGGCUUUUCCUCCACCUUAGAUCAGGACUGUUGGUGGCAACAACGGAUCCCUGCCACUUCAUCGGCACCCAGAGGCCCCACACAGUCUGGAGGCGGGGCCUGAGCUCCAGGCGGCCACCCUGCCUGGGGAAGGUGUGCUUCCCCUGCCCUCCGCUGGUUUGCACAUUGCCUCUUUCUUACCGUGAGCCAGUGGGAUCUGUCCUUUUGUACUUUGGGUCCCUGGAAAAGGUGUUUAACUUUCUAGUGAUGGAUGAUUGUUGGCUUUUGAAAUACCAAAGCUUUUUUGUUCUUUUUUAAAUAAAUAUCUUUUAAACUUC